GACAGCGAGCUUGAGGACUACGAUCAUGAGGCGGCCGGGGAGCGCAUUGCUUCUAUGCUGGAGAAAAUGAAGUGCCAGGACCGUACCGAGAUCAUGGAAGGACUGCAUGGCUUCUACCAGCUGCACCUGGAGAACGUGGAGACAGCGCUGGAGGAGCUGGAAGUUAUCGAAAAGGACUAUCACGGCAGGCGGCUGAUUGUCACCGAUUGA